GCUUCUGCUGCAAACGGGCUUCCCCAAACCUUUCCUUGCGGGUCCCGCGCCAGGAGUUCGGCAUUGUGGCCCGGUCUGCUAUCCGCUUGUUCUUGGAAACAGCGUCAGAGAGCAGCUGAGAGAGGCUUAACAUUUCAAACGUCUGGCGGUAGGCUGCAAAGUUUCCACCCUGACAAACACUGUGAUGUUGCAGCAGACUGGAGCAGCACAGCACAGCUCACGGCUUGGUGUUCAAUAGGAAACUGUUUGCUGGAAAGUUGUGGCGCACGGCCUCUCUAAACCUGGAAUCACAAUUUUAAUGCGUCGUGUUAGUUUCUGUCUGAUGGAAGCUGAUUCAUUUCAAUUAGCAGAACCUGUUGCGUCUGUGCGUGUUAUGUUGCAGGCGCAGCAGUGUUGGAAUUUUUAUUUCUUAAUUCUUAAGUCUAUUUUUGUGUUUCAAAUGUGUGCGUAAAACACCACCGUUGUGAUUCAUCAGUUCUCUUCAAUUUUCGGCAGACUAUUAAUUAAUUAUGCUUUAAUAAGUAACUAUCAUAAUCACGUUUGAUUUGUUGUAUCUUGAGCUAAAAUUAUUUUUAUGCAUAAAAGACUGCUCAGAGUUAGCAGCAACAUAGUGCAUCACGGAUUGAAAGUGGGAUCCCGGUGCUAUUAGUCAUAGAUGUCCUCUCAACUCAAAGGAGGCCUGCAGCUAGAGACCAGAGCAAAGCUUUCUAUACUAAAAUCCGAAGAAAUUGUUGACGUGACAAGUCCUGACGGAUGCGUUGGGCAGCACGGCUGCCACGCCGACGGAGGGGAGAAUAAAGUGACUCUGUCUCCAGUGCGCCAUCAGCAGAAACCACGCAAGAUGGCCCGUAGCCCCAAAUGUGCCCGCUGUCGAAACCACGGCGUCGUUUCGUGUUUGAAAGGCCACAAACGGUUCUGCCGCUGGAGGGACUGUCGCUGUGCCUGCUGCCUGCUGGUGGUGGAGCGGCAGCGCGUCAUGGCAGCGCAGGUCGCACUGAGGCGGCAGCAAACUGCGGAGGUGAGGAGAGCACAAGGACAGGGUAAGAGGGGGGUCAGGUGUGCAACUCCCUUGCGGAGAACGGCAUAUCAGCGCUACACCAGAGCAGCCGAGCCCAGCAUCCUGGCUAAGAGCCUCCUGCAGGGGAUCAAACCGGUGGAGCUGCUGGAGGACGACUCCUCCUGCUGGUCAAAGCAGACACAGCGUGACCAAACACACUUUAUGUGUCCCCCCAUCAGUGCCCGGAUGAGAAAGAGGCGUGCCUUCGCAGACAAGGAGCUGGAGAACGUUAUGCUGGAGCGGGAGCUGAGACAGAGAGAGAUGCAGAGCGACAUUUCCUUCUCCUCCUCUGCCAUCGUCCCCAUGCUUCACCCUUCGCCCCUGCCCAUCUCCCCAAGCCUCCACUGCUGUCUUCUCAACAAAGACCCCACUGCUCCAGGGACGUCCAGUUAUGUGCCUUUGUAUAAAUAUAAGCCUUUUUAUGAGUGUGACUUCCAGUUCUAUCAGUUCUUCCACCUAAAGAGCAGGUCUUCCGCAGAAAGCGACUAUAAUGACAUCUUAUGUCAAAGCUCAGAGCAAACCAGGCAAGAUGAGGAGGUGCAGAAUAGCUGCAAAGGCUUGGAGAAGAAAGAUCAACCAGAGCUGAGACCACUACUAUCACAACAAAGACUCGACCAUCAUGGCAACGCCUUGUCAGGUCUAGACCAUGUCAAAUUCCUUUCAAAACCAACAGAAAUAAUGGACUCAAAUGGCUCUCCAACCGUCACACACUCUAUUUUUGGAUCAGAUCAGAGUAUCCUGGGCAGGCCAGAUGUUAGUGCACCCAGCAGGACUUUUGAUCCCAGACCUCUGACAGCUAAGGGCUGGUGUGCAGGCACUCCUGCCGACCAGGCAGGUACUCAUUCCGACUCUGUCAAGAGCCCUCAUGGCAGCUCAGUCAGGACUCCCACUGUGAGGCCAUUACCUUUCUCUGUAGAGGCUCUGCUGAGGGCCUGACAGCAAAUGGAAAGCAGCAUACUGCACUUUGUUUGUGUGCGGACUAAGAAUUGAUGCUCAGUGAAUAAAUAUAAAAAUGGCUAGGUGUAUUACAGGUUUUGAAACACUUCUCUUGACAAGAGCUGGCUGCUAUAAAUUGGCAAUAGAAGAAAUAAUUAUGAAAAAAUUCCAGAACAUGUCGUUUCUCCCCCUUAUUUUUCAUGAAAAUGUAUUCAGCUCUAUUUUAGCUCUAAUUAAAAAACAAUGAAACAUAUAAAUGUACUUUAUUACUGUAUUUUCAUGUUUAUGCAUUGAGCAUAUUUUAUACAAAUAUACACUUUAAAAAUGUAAUCCUUUUUUAUACUCCUGUCAGCAAUGCCAUGAAAAUACACUGAACCGCUCUGCUUUGACCCUCUCCCAUCAGUCUUUUUUUAUUCUCUUUUCCUGCAGAAGAAAUACACAGUACAUCCAUAAAACAAAGUUGAUGAAAAAAAGUCAAGUAGUGUUUGAACUUAGCCCACUUCUUACGUUAUGCUUUGAUUUUUAAAUCCAAGUGUAGCUGUGGCUGGCUGAGCUCUGCGCUGCUCUUGGGCAUUGCAGUAUGAAAACAAACCAGGUGCUGCUUAGAAAUCUUUCUUUAAUCGCAUAAAAAACUAACAAUGAAAGGAGGUGCCAAGUUUUUCCAAAAAUGUUUCAGUAAAAGCGCAGAAAGGGCUGACAGCAAAAAAGACAUAUUUCUCCAUCUGUCCUCUCCUUUAUACCCAGUGAGAAAAAUGUAUUUAUUAUUUAUUGCUAUUUCAUGCGCUCUAUAGUUCUCCAAAUGUAAGACAUUUUGUCAGCCUGCAGCCUAUCAUUAUGAUUGCAUGACCUUAAACUUACUGAUCAUGUGGCAUAUUGUUUAAAAUUUCAUAAAGUAUCAUUUCAUCAAACCAACAGAAUGAGGUAAGAUGGGAAAUAUUCCCCAAAGGCUGAAUAGGAGGGGGCCCGUGUUGCCAAGGCGACAUUGUUCUUUAUUGUAUGCUCAGCCUGACGCUGGUUGAGUUUGUUUGAACAUGCAUUUGAUCUAUAUCCACUUUCCCCUUUUUCUCUUCUCCGUUUUUUUUGCAGCAUUGUAAUCUCGCAGAGAUGGAGGUCAGAUACUUUUGACAACUCUGGACCUUGUGGCGUCAACACAGAGGUGAUAGCCCGCUGCUCCGUGUCUUUGUUUGCCAGUAUCUACCAGCAUAUCAGAAUGCCUCUCUCCCCGUCUUUUCACAGACAGACAGAGAGGGGAGAUUGGCACAAAGGAAGAUGAGGUUGUGAGACUGAAAGCACUGAAUGUGUGCCAUUGUUUUUUAUUGUGCACUAUACGCAGAUUUUACAAUGUUAAAACCUCUUCCUAGCAGAGAGUGCAAAUUGCCAUUUUCACUACGAUGAUAAAAAGAUAAGCAUCAGUCACAAAGGGGUGAUAAUGACUUCUAUGAAGAAUAACACACAGGAUAUAAAUCAACCCCCUCACCCCCCCUAGCAAAGCGAGGGGAAAAGCUCAUUUAUCCAGUUCCCCAAUGUUUCAUUCCGGAGUGUCCUUAGACGAGGUGUAUGGCAGCUUAACAGAUAGCGACCCCGCUCUGAAAUGCUAUUCACACGUUCUUUUUAGGAUUGUACCAGGGACAGAUAGAUUAGCUUUAUUGUUCUGAGGUCUUUGGAAAGGUUUGCUUCGAUCUGCAAUUGUCAGUUUAUUACCAUUUUCCUUUGUGGGCUUGGAGGAAAGGAGAGGGAUAGAGGAUGUAUGUGUGUGUAUGGGGUGUGGGUGUGGGUGGGGGUUAUUGGAUUAGGUUUGCUGACAAAACAGUUUCAACAGGUUGAAACAUGUUUUUGGAUUUGUAACAGCCCAACCGGUGUCCUCCCUCACCCUUUGCAUUUUGUCGCCCACCUCUGGUGCUCCUGCUGUUCAUGCUCUCGUUGUGCCUCAUUUCCAUUUCAGCAGGAUUGAUUUCACUGCGUUCAGGGUAGAAAAGCUUUGCUUUGGCAUUUCCCUGUAACUCUGAUCUUCAUAUUUUCAUCAUACAGACUCUAUCAGAAGCACCGGUGACUGGAAAGGUGGUAAAAAAUAACGAGAAGAGAGUUGGUGGGUGGAGGAGACAUAACAAAGAGCUAGCCCACAAGUUACAUGUGCUCCAGCUCCUUCAAAACUCUUUUCAUACACCUCCACUCUGUUAUUUCAAACUAGGAGAUUCUUGCUCCUUCUUCCUCCCAUCGAUAACCGAGCAUUGCAGUCUUUUCCUACGCUGCCAUGUUCCUGGCCUUGCAUGAAGUCAUAGCAAUACAGCUGUAUAGUUUGGAACUAUCAAAAUGAUCCUUGUUACCAUUGCCUUCAUUUCCUUUGCCACCUUGCAGUGUUUACACUUGCUGUGUGCAAAGGCAGACGUGCAGGGAAGGUAAAUUGUCAUUCUCAUUUUUCACUCCAGUCUCCCUUCAAGACCUGCCUGAAGCAGCCAGACCUCUAUAGUUGUUUGGUAUGAUCUACAUAUCAGUCUUAGCUCUCCCCUUGGACAGAUCAUCAGCUACAUUUAGUGUCAGGGCCCAGUGGAAAGCCUUUGAUCGUCCUGCCAGCUCUCCUCAUUACAGAAUGAGAGUGGACUAAAAGCAUAUGUCUUGGUGUGGCGAGGUCAUUUCAUUGGCAGUUCUAAGAAAACUGCUAUCUGAAUUUAAUAGUGUUGUUAUGAGAUGUUUAGACAGUGUGAAGAACUCUUUCUGAAAUACUAAAUUUGAAUAGACUGAAAGAGUAUUAUUUUCUAGUGAUUAUCCUGUUGGUCCACUCAAAUGGCUUGAACUUAUAUAAAGACAAGUUCCCAUAGUUGUUUUGUCUCAUAAACCUGGUGUAUUAGCAUGACAAAAUUCUGAUAUGUUUUUCAAUCAAAACAGCAGCCCUUACAGAACUUGUUCUCAAAUGUUCUCAUACCUUCCAGAUGGAGGAAUUCCAUAUUUUGCCUUUCAGAUUGAUUAUUUCACAGAAUAAUUAAAUAAAUUCACUUCUUUCGUUCUUAAAGAACUUUUUAAUUAAAAAAAGUUUUUUGUAUGUAUCGUUUGCUUUGUACCAUAAAGGGAACUACAUACAGUAACUCACUUUACAACCCUGUUACUUUUUGAGAAAUAAAAUUUGGCUGGUGAACAAAAUGCCGGAGGAAGUAAACAGAACUAUGGAGAGAAACUAGCAAGUUCCCCACCUAACCCUGCACCCUUCCUCACCUAUUUUGUGUGGCUAAGCAAAUGUCAAAUCUGGCUUACCAUCUCUUCUUGUGAGCUCUUCUGUUAUGACUUUCAAUGGUCAGCAGACUCUUGUGAUGUAUAAGUUGUACUUUAUUACAAUUAAUACGGGGCAAACCUUUUUCUGCCCUGCCCUCUGAUGUUAUAUUAGGAGCUUAGAAAAGUGACUGGUGUUUUGGUUAAUUUUGUUUGGCUUCCUUAGGCAGGAUUGAUUCAGCACUACUGCUUUAAUCACUUCUAGGUGUAUUCCAAACCUAAAUCUGACUCCUCAAACAACAAAAACAAAAAUGUAUUAUUAGCAUUCAAAUUAAAUGAAAAUAAUUAUACAAUUUUAAGAUAUUAAACAACUUCAGAACUAUUUUGGCUGAUAGUAAGUAAUUGACAGUAAUCAAGACUUUCUACAGGUGCUGGAGGAAAUACAGACACAUUUACUCACAGGAAAAUGCUACAUUUUGCUUGCUCACUCACACAAUAUAAAUUGUUCAGUGUGAGUUGUGUCAAUGUUGUAAUAAAUUACCUGGGCAACAUUAAUUGACUUUGUUUCACUCAGUCAAGACAAUGGUGAAUUCCCUUUCCCUAAGGACAAAUACUUGGAAUACCCGGAUGAUAUUUGUAAUACCACUAUCUUUGGUGUGCUGAUGGAUGUUAUCAUUACACUCCAGGCAGUAUUCCUUCUAUUUAUUUCAGAGAUGUAUCUGCAACAGUGAGUAUGAGGGGUCAGGGCUUACUGUUUGAUCUGUCUGCCAACUUGCCACGCACUUUAGAUUCUCUCCUGUCCCACCCUGCCCUGUAUGCUGUUUGGUGUUCGGUAACCAAGCCUGACUCAGAGAUACUGGUGUAGGGUUACGCUACAGCUGUGCAGCAUUGCCUCAGUUAGUACACAGUCAUUCUGAAACCGUAAAAUGACCCCUCAAAAUGAAAGAAAGAUUAAGUAUAAAAAAGAAACAUUGUCCCUCAGGAAGGACUAAUGCACAUCUAGAACCAAAGGUUAAAACAUUUUACCUUUACCUCUUCAACUAAAACCAGAAAUAAGCUGGGUGUUGUACAGCCUGUCAGAGUUUGGAAUACCAGCCUUUAAUCAUACUGACUCCCUCCAGCCAAUGAUGUAAAUUAUUUAGACACUAGAAAACUGUGCCAAGAAUAAUUCCUCAAGUCUUGUCCAAAUUUGACAGCGAUAUCUAAGAGAUGUUUGUCUUGUAAAUUUUGACCUUCACUGAUCAAAGCAGUGCACGUUUUAGUCUGAAAUAUAUUGUGAGGAUAUAUGGUCCUAGCUGUGUUUAAGAUAUCGCCUGAAAUAACUUAAAUGAGCGAUGGAUGGACAGACUGAGACAAACGAGACACAAUCAAUAGAUCAUAUCACCAGACAACCUAGUCUGUCUGCACAGUAGAGACGGAUAUUGUGCAGUGCAGGCCAGACUGUGAAAAGUCAAGGAUGACAAUUUCACAAAUAAACAGACAAAGAUUACAUUACAUUUAGGUACAUUUACUCUUGUUACUGUAAUAAAGUUUUUGUAAAGUUUUUA